UUCGUUUUCGACAGUCAAGUAGGUGGAUGUAAUCACAUGAUUUUACUGUCAGUGCGAGACACGUACACUUUGACUCGUGACUGAGUCAGCCGAUACUCAGAGUCCACCCAACACAACAAAAUGGUCUUACAUUCUGACAACUGUAAAGAUGUCGCCACCGUGUCCAACUUUCGAGAGUGUGUUGUUACCCAUUACCACCUGGACAUCGAUGUCGAUAUGGAGGGGAAGAAAGUCACCGGUACGACAAGACUCUCGUUUGCUGUCAAACAGAAAACACGGAAAGUGAACUUGGACAUACAUGAGUCUCUAACAGUAGAAAAUGUGGAGUUUUCUCCCUUGGGAUCAAGCAGCAGGACCAAUCUGGAGUUUGUCAUGAAACCUUUCACAGACUAUGGAGCAGAGCUUCAAAUCAGUUUACAAGAGGAGUUGUCUCCCCCUAAGACCUUUGACCUAUACAUCACAUACACAGCAAAUGGUGGACCAGGUGUGUGCUGGCUCUCACCUGAGCAGACAGCUGGUAAGAAGAAGCCAUACAUGUACACCCAGGGACAGGCCGUGAUGAACAGGUGUUUCUUCCCCUGCCAGGACACACCUGCUGUAAAAAGUCCUUACUCGGCCAAUGUCAAGGUCCCGGAAGGUUACACGCCCGUUAUGAGUGCCAGUCAGAGAUCCGAGAGGGGGACAGUACCUAACAUGUCAGGGGAUAAGGAUAACUACUACUUCAGUCUCCCCCAUCAAAUACCUGCUUAUCUGGUGGCCUUGGCUGUUGGGGAUCUGACAUCUGCCAGAAUUGGACCACGCAGCCAUGUCUGGACAGAACCAUGCAACCUGGAGAAAGCACGGGCUGAAUUUGAUGGAGUUGUAGAGGAAUUUCUGACAACAGGAGAACGACUGUUUGGAAAGUAUGUCUGGGAUACCUACGAUCUACUGGUAAUGCCUCCAUCAUUCCCAUUUGGGGGCAUGGAGAAUCCAUGUCUGACCUUUGUAACUCCAUGUCUCCUUGUUGGUGACAAGUCUCUCACUGAUGUUGUCAUCCACGAAAUUUCCCACAGCUGGUUUGGAAAUCUUGUAACGAAUGCCAACUGGAGUGAAUUCUGGUUGAAUGAGGGAUUUACCAUGUAUGCUCAGAGGAGAAUAAUGUCCGAGAUAUUUGGUUCUGCUUACACAAGUCUUGAGACGUCCACCGGUCAAGCGUUACUACGACAACACAUGGACAGUACUGGACAGGACCACCCUUUGAACCGUCUGAGAGUGAUUAUAGAACCAGGCGUGGAUCCAGACGAUACAUACAAUGAAACUCCAUAUGAGAAAGGAUUUGCUUUCGUCUCAUAUCUUCAGCACCUUGCAGGAGAUGUCAAGACUUUUGAUGAUUUCCUCAAGUCGUACGUCGCCAAAUUCCAGUUUAAGAGUUUGGUUGCUGAGGACUUGUUUGACUACUACCUAGAAUAUUUCCCUGAAAUCAGAAAACAAGAGGUGGAUAAAAGGCCUGGAUUUGAAUUUAUUGACACCUGGCUGACCAAGCCUGGCUGGCCUCCUUACACACCUGAUCUGUCUGCAGGCAGCGAACUGACCACUCCGGCUGAAAACUUGGCUGACCAGUGGGCAGAAAAAGGAGAAGGUGGAACAGUUGACAUAACAGCUUGGAGGACGUACCAGGUGCUCCAUUUCCUGGACAAGCUGUAUGAAAAGGAGUUCCUGUCACAUGCAACUCUUUCAAAGAUGGCCACUCAGUAUCCCACAAUAUCAGGCACACAUAAUGCUGAGGUACGGAUGCGCUGGAGUCUUGUCACAAUCAAACAUGGAUAUGCAGAAGACUUUAAAAAUACACGUCGCUUCCUCCACAGUCAAGGUAAACAGAAGUACACACUGCCGGUAUAUCGGGCCCUCAUGAAGAGUUCUGAUACAGCUAAGAAUUUUGCUACAGAUGUGUAUGUCGAGACCAAGGACCAGCUCCAUGUCAAUGUACAGAACUACGUCGAGAAAAUUAUAUAUACUUAGAGGAUUGGUCAAUGAACAAUUUAUACAGAACAAAGUACCAUCAAUAUAUUGAUGCACAUCAGACUAUUUUGAUGUUUUCAACUGGAAUUUUUUAUAUUCUAUUUUAAUUGUGACAACAUUUUCAAAGGUCAAUCGAAAUGGGAUGCAAGUGAUAUAGGACCAUUGGACCUGACUAUUAUGUUACCUGUAUAAACUUGAUAGUACAGUGACUAUUGUUACCUGUAUAAACUUGAUAGUACAGUGACUAUUGUUACCUGUAUAAACUUGAUAAUACAGUGACUGUUAUGUUACCUGUAUAAACUUGAUAGUACAGUGACUAUUAUGUUACCUGUAUAAACUUGAUAGUACAGUGACUAUUAUGUUACCUGUAUAAACUUGAUAGUACAGUGACUGUUAUGUUACCUGUAUAAACUUGAUAGUACAGUGACUAUUGUUACCUGUAUAAACUUGAUAGUACAUUGACUAUUAUGUUACCUGUAAAAACUUUAUAAUGCAGGGCCCAGCAGUGAUUAUUACUUUCUCUGUAAUUAAUACAGAACCAUGUGAUAUAUGUAGUUACAUUACCUGUAUGACACUUAAAUUAAGAAUGCUAUAUCAAAUUUUUGUCAAAUUUUGACAUACAUGGGCGAGUCUGGGUUAGGUCAUUUGUCGGUUGUCUCUGAGAAUAAGGUUGUUUGUCAGUUGUCUCUAUGAAUAAGGUCAUUUGUCGGUUGUCUCUGUGAAUAAGGUCAUUUGUCGGUUGUCUCUGAGAAUAAGGUUGUUUGUCGGUUGUCUCCGAGAAUAAGGUUGUUUGUCAUUUGUCUCUAUGAAUAAGGUUGUAUGUCAUUUGUCUCUAUGAAUAAGGUUGUAUGUCAGUUGUCUCUAUGAACAAAGUUGUAUGUCAGUUGUCUCUACGAAUAAGGUUGUUUGUCGGUUGUCUCUGUGAAUAAGGUUGUUUGUCAGUUGUCUCUGUGAAUAAGGUUGUAUGUCAGUUGUCUCUAUGAAUAAGGUUGUAUGUCAGUUGUCUCUAUGAAUAAGGUUGUAUGUCAGUUGUCUCUAUGAAUAAGGUUGUAUGUCAGUUGUCUCUAUGAAUAAGGUUGUAUGUCAGUUGUCUACGAAUCAGGUUGCAUAUUGGUAUGUGUUAUCAUUUACAGUCUGAAAGAUUUUGAUUAUAAAACAAAUUAUUUUUGUAGAAAUGACUCCAAUAAAAAAACUGUUGACAUCC